AUGCCUCCCAAGAUGCCUCGACUCGACGACUUGCUUGCCCUCCUGGAAGUGUACUUUGCCCCAGAGAUGGGGGUCCUUCCAGGACGGACGGCGACCAAGGCAGAGCUUGAGGCACAACUUCGUCCUCCUCUCGUCUUUGUCCUCCUCCCCAUCUCCUCCAUCUCCCCAAUCCCCGCCUCCAACCUCCCGCCGCCGCAUUGGCUGGAUCGGCCGUCGUCUCUCGUCAUCGCCGUCUUGAGCGGCUUUUUUGGACCUCCCAGACUUUCACCAGAUCCACCUUGCUACUUUGAACAGUCGCUAAAAGUUGCAUGCUGA